UGCUAGCAUAGAGAUAUGACCAAGACAGUUAGCUGGCCAGACCUUGGCCGGGCAUGCCUCGGCGUGCUGCUAGUGUAUCUUCAGGCCCGCACCAGCACUUGUAACGCUAAAAAUGUAGGCAGGUGGCUAAGCAAUGAUUGGGGCUUCGCGGCUGCAGUGGCCCUCCAUCUCGCCUGGCUUGUCUCCGUGCUGGCAGGGCGGCGCUCCUAUAUCUGCUGCGCAGCUAGAAUAGUACCCAAGUUACUAGCGGUCCUCCAGCUCGCCACGGCGUCGGGCGAGGUGGCCAUUGGGUGGUACACGUUCGGCAGCGACUGGCACCGCCCAGUCUGGAGAGCGAUGGCUGAGGCGCUCAUAUACUGCAACGAGGUGCCUUUUCAUAUGAUAAUCCCAGCGGGGCUAGUGGACGUGACCUGUACCGGCUGUGUGUGGGGCGCGCGUUUUUACCGAGCUCGCGUACUGCCAGGACAGUGGGCGCUGCCGCACGUCGCACUGCGGCUGCUCCUGUCUCUGGCAGUGUAUUAUUGCCGGCGGCCUGGGAUUCCUUGCCGGCAAAAACCGACGGACAGCAUAGCCCCGGUGGCGCCCGGCCCAAGUGCGCCAAAGGUCGCGCCCCUGGCGCACAACCUGGACGACGCGUGCCACACGCUGCUGCAGUCGCAUACCCCUGUCGUCAGCUCCAUGCUAUGCUGUAGCGACCCACAGUUGCUCUCCCAGAUUGCAGCGGCGUCCGCUCAGGACCUCGAGCCGGUGCGGCUGGAGGGCCUAAGCGCCGCGACCGAGGGCGGGGACGUGGGGCUACCACUGUUGGCGGAGCAGCCGGGCGCGGGGCUCCAAUCCGCACUGUUGCUUCAGCCGCAGCAUGUGGUCUCGCAACCGGCGCAACGGUAUCCACAGGCAGCAUACCCGCAGCGUCCCGCCGCCCCAAUGGGGCUCAUUCCGGUGGCGCCCAGCGACCUGGGACCCGGGCUCGCUGGCUUUGGGCAGCCGUCCGGCGGCCGGGCGCAAACGGGCGGCAUGGAGGCGUACGAGCUAGCCCGACGCCUCGUGAGCAGUGCGGCAGCGAGUGGGAGCGCUGGCGGGAGCAACGGUGCCGGUGCCGGCGGGCCGGGGUCAUACACGUCAGCAGCGCGCAAGGUGCGUGUGAGCGUGAAGAUCCCGGACCGCGAGCCUGAGGAGCUGCCGCCCAACUGGGAGUCGGACCUGCGCAUUAACGGCCAGCGCGAGGCAGCGCUGGUGCUGUUCACCUACAUGCGCCGCGGCUGCGUGCAGCUAGUUGUGGACGUGCUGCGGAGGAUGCCGGAACAGCAGCAAGGGCUGCAGCAGCCGCAACAGCAGCAAGCAGUAGGGAGUGCAGGCGGGGCACGGCAGCGCGGGCAGGACAGCGCAGACGCGUCUGAGGGCGCUAGCGUACCGCCGACCGCAUCUUCAGUGAUGCCGGCUCUGGCCGGUGGCGGGGCGGCCGUCGGGGCGGUGCAGGAGGCGCUCAGCGCGGCAGGUGUCGGCCAGCUGAUGGUGGGGCGGACUGUGACAGUGCAGGUGGACUCGCAUGUCACUCAGGUGCGUGUGAAGCAGCAGGCAGUGGCCGCUGACGGUGGCGCUGAAGCAGCAGAGGUAGGACAGGGCAGCGCCAGUCGGUCGUCGCAGCCUUUGGCGGAGGUUGACGGCGAAGCUACAUGCAGCGUCGACCAGACGCCGCCGCCGGACGUCCAGGUGUGGCCUGCAGUUGUGUGCUGCGCCAGCAGUAGCGUUUGGCGCUCGUCGCAACCGACGGUUCAGCUGACUUGCAGCUGGAACGGCAAGGCGGCAGCUGCCGCUCACAGCGCCGCGGGCUGCAAUCUGGACCAUUUUCACAGUGAGCCACAGGGUUCCUCCUUCGCUCCAGCAAGCCCAGCGGACACGCAGCGUCACGAGGCGCCGGAGAUGCUAUGCAUCACCGCUCGCCAGCAGGGCCGCUUCCUGCCUGUACGCGUCUCAAACGGCAGGGCGGCCGACCGUUCCUUGUCUACGGCGCUGCAGAGACCCUGCGUGGCGCCGCCAGUGCCGUGGGCUGCAGUGUCAGCUGGUGGCUGCAGCUUGGAGCUCGCGUCCUGCAGCCGUCAGGGCCUGCUGCAGGUAGAGAUGUGCCGCGGCGGCGUGCACAGCUGCAACGCGGCCUCUGUCCUGAUUCUCGAGUCGACAGCAGCAACCCACGAGCUUCAGCAGCAGCUCCUGCUGUGCAGCGCGGCGGAGGUUGCGGCCGCGGCAGCCGGUGCGCCGCAGGGUUACUGCGCGCCGGUGCAGCACCUGCUGCGCGAUUUCGGCGUGUUCUUGGACAUUGUGGCGCAGCUGGGGCUGGCAGAGCCGCGGAUUGCCUCGAAAGCCUCCUGCAUUGGCGGCACCGAAAGCGACUGUGGCGUCCAGCUUAUCACGUGGGCGCUGCCAUCAAUGGCGUCGCCCAACCGGACUCCGGUGCCUGACUGCCUUUUGCUUGCGCCGCUGUCAACUCAUGCGGAGAGCGAGGAGGAGGACGCGGCGCGGGCGCGGCAGCUGGCCGCGAUGGGCUGCGAUGUGGGGCUCAGCCUGCUGCAGCACUUCCUUGUCGCGGGCAUGCCCGCCUGCGCUGGCACCGUGCUGGACCUGCUGGCGGAGGGAUUGGAUGUGCCCGCGUCCAUGCUUGCCGCCUACCACUGCCGUGACGGCUUCAGCCUCCUUCACCACGCCGCGCGCAGUGGCCAAUUGUCGUCGCCAGCCACGCUGGCGGCCUGGCUGGAGGCGCGCGGCGUUGUGCCAGGCUGGGCCGCGCCGGCGGGUGCGGCCGCGCUGUCACCGCUCCACCUGCUGGCCGCAUCCCCGGACGGCUGCGGCGCGGCAGCGACGGUAGCGGCCCUGCAGCUGCGAUGGCCCGAGGUGACGGCUGCCUGGAGGUCGGCCGGCACGGAGCCGGGCGGCUGUGGGGCCGCCCCGGCUCAGUUUGCCGCGUUCGCAUUUGAUGCCGGCACCGCGCAAUACCAGCAGUCAGCUAUCGCGCUUGCGUCAAGCGCUGCAAGUGCGCUGGGCGUGGGCGCCGCGUGGCGGCUGGCCGUGCGGGCGGCGCGCGCUCUGGUGCCUCGCGGCCCUGCUAACGCGGCCUGGGGCCUGUGGUGCCAGAGCCAGAGCUUCACGUCACCAGAGCUUGAGGCAGCGUAUGGUAACUGGCUCACUCGCCGCACGACGCUGUUUGACCACAGCUUCCUUGCGCUGUACGUGGCGCACGCGCUCAUGCACGCAGCUGCGCAGGGCUGGGCAGCCUGGGUGGAGCAGAACAAGGCGGGGCUGCUGCUGCUGUGCAUCCGGCUGGCGCUGCUGGCGUUCAGCUUCAGUGGCGAGGGUGACAGCACGUCUCCAUGGCGGCCGCUCCGGACACGGGAGGGCCGAACAGUGGUGCUUGAGGUGCUUCGGAUGCUGUUGAUGAUGUCCCUGGCGGCAGGGCUGCUGGAGAUGCCGGCGCUGUGGGCGCGUGUAGUCCAGUCGAAGGUCGACCUCAUCUUCAACGCCGUGAUGCGGCCUCUGGCGAGCCAGAUGCGCCUGGGCAGCAGCGCUAUAUGCUCGCUAACCGCUCUCAUUGGCGAGACGGUCAUCAUGGCUUUCUUGAUUUGGUCGCCGCAGGGCGCGUUGGCGCGCGCCUUGGCGCUAGCGGCGGCUAUGGCUCGCAGCGCGCUUACGCACGGCGUGGGCAUGGGCGUCACUUUGCUGCUGCAGGUGUCGCUUCGCCGGCGGUUCCUGCAGGAGGAGCGGCGCCGGCUGCUGACGCAAGCACAGAGUCAGCAUGCACGGGCGCAGCCGCCCACAUGUAGCAGUGGUAGCAAGGCCGGGGUCGAUGCAGAAACUGCGGCAUUUGGUCUCUUUGUCCCGUGUCGUUGUGUGGUCAUUUGAAGCGUCGUAGCAGAGGUCUGGGGAAUCAUGUUUGCGCCACACAGCACAAUGGACAUGUAGGGCAAGACGCUUGCCAUAGUCAGGCCUUUGUUCGCGGUACCAUGACACCCAACUGGACUGGAGGGGGUUAGCUCGGAACCAAUCCCAUAAGGAGACAGUAGCGCUGCAAGGAGAAGCUGCAGCGGACUGGAGGGGGGCCUUCAAAGCGCACUAUGAUGCAGGUGGUAUGUUGGACUUAUUCAACACUCAAUGUAUUGAAUGCAUUGUGCGCGCCACAGGUGUUCAUCUGUUUGGGCAGUUAUCCGCACGGAUGCGCCGCAGGCGCAAUUGCACACACGUCAGUCAUGUGUUUGGACUUUGGAGGCCUGUGCGUCGCCAGGUGUCUUGUUGGAGUGGGGCUCGUGUGCCAACAUUAUAAGCUGUAGUACAUGGCUCCAUAGCUUCACCGGCAGAGCUGGGGCUCAUUCCGUGUUGAUGAUUGAGCGCAUUCAUGUGAUGUGAUGUGCAAGAGGGACGUGCUGACGCAGUUCACGAGCCAAAGUUUUCCACACGUGUGCAGCAAUGACGAUAUGAAUCGGGAAGCUGUCUUGCGCCUUGGACUCUUGGUCAUGCACAGGCGAACGGCAAUGAACAUUCUAGAUAGAAGGUAACCCAUGUGCCUUCAAUGCUGUUGUAGCGUUCCAGGGCACGAUACGGUGCAAGGCUGUACACCAUGGGUCUGGGCUAGGGUGGAGUACUGCGACACUUGUUGGGAGCAUGACAUGAGAGCUAAGGUCCCAAGACCUGGCGACCUGGUUAUGUUCGUGCACAUACGGUACGGCUCAAGGAGUACAAGGCGUUUGACCCGUUCAGACAACAAGCCGUCUGGCCGCAGCGGUGCCGCAUGGUAGGCGGUGCCUUGCUUGGACAUCAAAGUUGACUGCGCCUCAACACCAGGGCACGGGGUACAGCGUUGCACAGAAAGUUGUACGCAGCAGGUUUACUGGGUAAGUGGAUUACCGAUGAUGGCGU